CCGUUGAGCACCCUUGUUUUGUUUAUAUUUUGUAAAUAAUUUAAUUUUCAUUGGAUUGUUAAACAGUCUUUAGAUAAAAACAUGCAGCCCUUAACUAUUAAUGCUAAGGGAGACAUUCAAAUAGAUUUAAAUCAAGUAAGAAUUGAUAUACUACAAGGGAUUCGUGAGUGCACUGAUCGCGGUCUUACUCAGACUACGAAAUGGCUUUCGGAGUUGAAUUACGCUCUUCGUGAUCAUAAACUGAAUUACGAUGAUAUCCCUAAUAACUGCAAUGAAAUGAUACCAGUGGAAGAAAGAGAAGCCUAUGCUCUAGCGAGGAGUUAUUUCGAUUGCCAAGAGUAUGACAGGGCGGCACAUUUCUUGGAGAAUUGCUCUCAUCAAAAAUGUGUAUUUCUACACAAAUACUCACAAUACAUGUCUAGUGAAAAGAAGAGGCUAGAUAAUGCUACUGACUCGAAUACUGACAAUACAGACUCCACACAAGUAUUAUUGGAUUUACUCUCCUUUUUCAAGGCCAAUCGUAACAAAUUGGAUGGCUACCUUCUCUACUUGGAAGGAGUAGUUUUAAAGAAGCUAGACCUUCGCAGCCAAGCUGUUACAGUACUGCAGGCGGCCGUAGCAGCUGUGCCCACCCUGUGGUCAGCAUGGGUGGAACUGGCGGGGCUCGCCAACGAGGCUGAGGCUCUGGACUCUUUGCAGCUGCCCAAACACUGGAUGAUGUACUUCUUCGCUGCUCAUGCAUUUGUGGAGCUGAAGCUGUCGGAACAAGCCCUGGAGGCGUACAUGGCCCUGGCUUCAGCUGGCUUCCACAAGAGCACUUAUGUUACUGCUCAAAUGGCCAUUGCCCAUCAUGAUCGAAGAGAUGUUGAUGCCUCACUUUCCUUGUUCAGAGAACUGUUCCAAACUGACCCUUAUCGCCUUGACAAUUGGGAUGUAUUCUCACAUUUACUGUACUUGAAAGAGAAAAGAAUGGAGCUAGCCAAUUUAGCUCAGAGGGCUGUCUCCAUAGACAAGUAUAGAGUGGAGACAUGCUGUGUUAUAGGUAACUAUUACAGUUUAAGAUGUGAGCACCAAAAGGCGGUGGUUUACUUCCAGCGGGCCCUGGCACUUGACCCACUGUACCUGUCCGCUUGGAUUCUCAUGGGCCAUGAGUUCAUUGAACUACAGAACUCUAAUGCUGCCAUACAAUGUUAUAGACAGGCUAUAGAUGUAAAUAGAAACGACUACCGUGCGUGGAAUGGUCUAGGUCAAGCAUAUGAAAUCUUAGGUUUGAAUGGAUACUGCAUAUACUACUACUCAAGAGCAGCUCAGUUGAAACCGGAUGAUUCCAGAAUGUUAGUGUCUCUGGGAGAGGCGUAUGAGAAGAUGGACAAGAUACCCAAUGCAUUGAAGUGCUAUUACAAAGCUCACAGUACAGGAGAUAUUGAAGGCAUGGCCCUAUUCAAACUUGCUAAACUGUACGAGCGCUCCAACAUGCCCAACAGCGCGGCGGCGGCGUACACGGCAGCAGCCCAGGACCCGGGCAGCGCGGGCAGCCGCGAGCUGCCGGCCGCGCUGCGCUACCUCGCGCAGUACUACCUGCGGUUCUCGCUGCUGGACCACGCCGCGCAUUAUGCGUACAAGUGUCUGGAUUAUGAUACUACAAAAGAAGCUGGGAAGAGUAUACUGAAAAGUAUAUCGGAGAAACGCGCGACGACGUCGGCGCAGUCCGAGACGCUGCCCGAAGACUUACCAGACGCCAUCAAGAACGCGUCCAACGUGUCGCUCCACCAGGAGCCCCCCAAGACGCCGCUGCCCAGCCCCAACGUCACACCAGACAACUUCUCCACACCCAUGUUUACUAGGAAAAAUUGUAAAUACAAAAUGUGAAUUAAUUUGAAAAACUUAGGAGCAAAAUAUUUUAUAUCAGUGUCGGAGAUGAUCUGUGACAUUAAUGUCGCCUUUGAUAGGCUGAAGAUAAAGUGAUACUGAAAAAUACUUGAGCAACAAUAAAUCAAUUUAAAGCUAAACGUAUUUUUUGAUUAAAUUUUAGGUAAAAAAGCAAACAAUGAAAAAAGUUUAUUAAAAAAUUUAAUAGUGAUUAUUUUUACACCUUUCAUACUAAUAAUAACAGAUCUUAGUGCACAAAAGUAUAAAAAAAACAAUUAGAAUUAAAACUAAAUAAAUAGUCAAGUGCAUCAAUUAAAAAUGUUGUUCAAAUCAGCCUAUUGCGUGUGCCACCUAACAUCGGCAGACAGAUUACUGAUUAUAUUAUUACAUCACAGAUAUGGAAAAGUUGAGAGCUCAGGUUGUUACUGUAACAUUAAUUAUUUAUAGAAAACUGAGUGAAGCUGACAUAAGCACAGGAGUUUAGUUUCACCAUUUCGAAUGUAAUUAGCUUCAUAACAU